UUCUCCUCUGCUGCCCAAGCGCUAUGGUGCAGGGAUAGCUGCCGUCUUCAGUCAAACCAAAGCAGGCUCUACAAAGAGAAGGCUGACUCUAGACAGGUGGUAUAUACAUGAUAGUAUAGUAACUGGCCAACUGCUUCAUGUGCUUUUUAUACUGUUUCACCUCUUACUGUCUUUUAUUUUUUGUUGUGCUUUUUGAUGAUUGAAUUCUUUAUAACUUUGUUAAAGUUCUGACAGACAUUGACUGUUAAAUUCCUAUAACUGUUAAAAUGGUAUCAUCUUAGAUGAUAAAUGAAAGCGGGACUUGAGGGGAUGAAUUAACAAAAGUUGAAAUCUAGUUUCUGUUUGUAAUUUUUAAGUAACUGAAUGGAUGUAAUGCUUCGAAUCAAAUGCAUCUUUGGUUGGGAGCUUAGAGAAAUUUUCACCUAUCAGAUUUCCCAGUAUCAUUGUAUGGUGGAUUCAGAUACAAGUUACGGACUAUUAGUUGCUAAUGUUCUAUUUGCUAUGAAGAGAAAGAUGGAUGAGGAGGAGAAAGGAAAUAACCCGAAUGAGAAAUGGUUCAAAUGUUUAAAAUCAAGUAUUUGUGUUCUGAUAUUUGCUUCCAGUAUAUGAGAACUGGUGGGUAUCCACCAUUUUAAAAAAUGUUGAAAUAUUUGUUUUUAUUGCAUUACCUUCUUUAAAUAUUGUGACAAGUAUUCAUUUCCUCAUACAUCUAGAUUCUGAGACCACAGGGAAAUUUAGCAGAAGGCAGACAUGGGAAUAGACAAUGUUUAGUGUCCACUUAAGUUAGAAAAAGUCUACGUGACUUUCAGAUAUUUGGAAUAUUAUUUGGCAAAGCUUUGUGCUCUGUGUGCUGUUUGGCACAACUUUUCUGGUGUAGCAAUUGCUUUCUGUAUAAACUGGAAAAUAAUAGAAAAUUAGGGCAGAUGGGAUGAAUUUAAAGUUCCUUUUUGUCUUUCCCGUGUAAACUGGAUUGAAGUGGACUGUGGUCUCUGUUUUGGAUGUCUUGGGGCUUAGUGAAUCCUUGUGUACUGGGCACUUGCAUGUUCAGUUACCUACUACUUUCAGAAUGCUUAUUAUUUAGAGGUGUAUAGGUGGGGUGAGGGAGAUUGGGUUUUAUUGCUUUUUCUAUAUGGUAUUUUGAAAUACGUACUCAGAAACCUAAACCAUUUUAAGCACUUCAGCUGACAGAUACAGAGGAAUAUACUUGCUUUGCUUAAGGCUUUAUAAGAAUAAUUUUACUAUGUACUGACUGGAAUAUAUGCAAUAUUUUACAGUUUUCUCAUUCUCAUGAGAAAUUCUCAUUCUCAUUUCUCAUUCUGUGACUAUUCAUUUUAAGCAACUUUAUUGAAAUGGGACAAUUUGGAUACCGUAUUUCACAUGCCAAAGAAGAGAUUUGCCUGAAUGCGGAAUAUUCUUCUGAGUGCAUAUUCCCGAACAUCCCAGUCUCUUCUGUGACACUUUUUUUGCAUCACCAUGAGUUUGAUUCUGGAUGGAAAAUGGCCUUUUUUGAAGGAAAAUGAACACUUUGGAAAACCCUCCCCGUGGAACAUGUUGAAGCGGACUGCGUUUUCAUGGACAACUACCACAGGAUCUGCAGCUUUCAACAAACUACCGAAGUUCAGUCAUAUUGCAGAGAAAUACGUGAAGCUAAAAUCCUAUAAUUGACUACUUCAGCUAUAUUGAAUUACAUGAAUGACAGCCUGAGAACAGAUGUCUUUGUAAGAUUCCAGCCGGAAAGCAUUGCGUGUGCCUGUAUUUACCUCGCAGCCAGGACGCUGGAGAUUCCACUUCCUAAUCGCCCACAUUGGUUUCUACUCUUUGGUGCAACAGAAGAAGAGAUUCAAGAAAUCUGUUUAAAAAUUUUGCAACUUUAUACUCGGAAGAAGGUUGAGUUAAUUGAUCUGGAAAGUAAAGUAGAAAAAAAGAAACUAGCAAUUGAAGAGGCAAAAGCACAAGCUAAAGGUCUGCUACCCGAGGGAACCCCCGGCUUGGAUAAUACAUCAGGAUUUUCCCCUGUACCAAAAAACGAGUCUCCAAAAGAAAUUAAAGGAAAUAAACCCUCACCACUACCUGUGCAGGCAAUGAAGAAUGCUAAAAGAAAAAAUGAGGGAGCAAAAAGAACAAGUUCAAAUAGUCCAGUAAAUGGUGUUCAGAAAGGAAGAGAAAGUAGAAGUCGAAGUGGAAGUAGAGAUCAGAGUUAUUCGAGGUCGCCAUCCAGGUCUGCAUCCCCUAAGCACAGGAAAAGUGAAAGUUACUCCACUUCAAGCGGUUCCAAAUCCCACAGCCGCUCUAGGAGUCGCAGCGACUCUCCUCCAAGGCAAUUCAACCACACGUCUGGUUACAAAGGUUCUAAGGUGAGAAGUUACAAGAAGUCAAAAGACUACAAAUACUCAACACACAAACCAAGGAAAUCCCGCAGUAGAAGUUCGUCACGUUCCAGGAGCCGGUCCCGGGAGCGCCCUGACCAUUCAGGAAAGUACAAGAAGAAAAGUCACUACUACAGAAAUCACCGGCACGAGCGUUCGCGCUCCUAUGAGCGAACUGGUCAUCGCUAUGACCGAGACCACCCUGGCCACAGCAGGCACAGGCGAUGAGUAGGACAAAGAGCUCUUCCCUUUGGAAUUCAGGGGAGCUCUUUCCUCUGUGUGAUCUUUACAGCUUAGGGUUAAUCUGGUUUAUAAACCACUUUAGCUUCGGUGAUGUCCAUUUGGCUGCUAAUUCUGUACUUUAAUCCAAAGGAAAUAUGUGAAUGGGAUAGGAUGAUGUGGAAGACUUAAUCUGAUGAUGUUGCUGUCUGCUGGAGUGCCAUCCAGUAAUGCUGCAGAGUUUGCCCCGGGUGUGCUCCCGUUGCCUGCUUUUUAGUAAUUUAAAUCCUGUAGCGCAAGGGAGUGUUACUUGGAAUUGGCAGCCCUGCAAGCAGGGAACUUCGUUGCUCGGUAGAUGAUGGACUGUGAUGAACAGUCCUCCCCUGUGGAACUAGAAGGCUCGAGACAGUUCCUCAGAACCAUUGGAGUGUCUUGGUGCUAACAAAGCUGUCUUUUCAUACUGAUUCGACUAUGUUGUACAAAUGUAAGGUGACUUUUUUUUAGAAUUAUGCCUAUAUUAGGUUAUAUAUGUGUAUAUAUAUUUUGCAGUGUUACAGUAUAGUAUGGGAAUAUGGCCUUACUAGCCUUUACACUUUAUUCACAAUGUAAAUAAGCAUUUGUUUAAUACAAGUGAAAGAUAUAUACAGAAAAUUCAAAACUUGAAUUCUAUCAAAGACUUGUGUAGAAAGUUCUGAUAAAUGUGAAAGUAUUUAGCUCUGUGUAUUGAAAGUAGUAUAUUUUUUAUCCGUGCAAUGCUGUGUGCGGGUCACCAGCUCACAAUAGACAUUUCCUAUAUAUACAUUCUAUGUGGUUUGAAAUUCUUUACUCAGGAUCUUUGACACUCUGGAGUAAUAGUUU